AUUUACGCUAUAGUUCCUUCGGCUUAAGGAAAACAGGGGCAAUUUUCCCAAUUACCAAACAGACAGAAAGAAGUAACGUCGUCGGCAGGUCAGGCAUGGGAUCAGUUCUGUCUAGCUUUUUCGGAGGGGAAGGAGCCGCGGCGGCGGCUGAGUCCUCAGAGCCAUCACGCGUGACGACUUUUCAUUCAUCUGACCGAUGGCAGCUUCACUUCAACAGCUCCAAGCAAUUAAACAAAUUGAUGGUAGUGGAUUUUGCGGCAUCCUGGUGUGGACCCUGCAAGUUGAUGGAGCCAUUGGUGAAGGACAUGUCUGGGAAAUAUACGGACGUCGAUUUCGUCAAGAUCGACGUCGACGAGCUCCCUGAUGUGGCCCAGGAGCAUAGAGUGCAGGCUAUGCCGACAUUCUUGCUGCUGAAGCAAGGGAAGGAAGUUGAUAGGAUAGUGGGAGCCAAGAAAGAUGAGCUGGAGAAGAAGAUUCUCAAGCACAGGGAAGCCCCCAAAUUUGCUGCCUAACACGGCCUCAGCCCCUCCCAUCAAUCAUCAUCGCUAUUACAACUAAGUACUAAGUUCACAAUUGCAUUGCUUUGCUUCACCGCUACUACUACUACUAGUACACAAUUUCGUUGCAAGCGCUGCUGCUAGUCAAACAAGUAAUGCUGCUCGAAUUAAAUUAUGAGUGAUGGAAGGAUUUCCAAAGUUUGAGAUACUGGUAGAAAUUUAUUGGUCUUCCUGUGUAUUCUGAGUGGGCUGUGCAAAAUCUGUACCAUGUAUGUAUUACGUAUUCCUGUGGCUUCUCAUUGAGAAUAUGUAGGAUUACUCCCAUUUUUUCUUAUUUCUGAGGCGGCAAUUUAUUUGA